CACACGCAAUAAUUUCUCCUUCACUAGAGUCUUAUACUAGUAUCCUCACUCCCGCCGUUUUUCCCCAGUCCGCUCGCCGCCAGCCGCCGCCAUGCCGGAUCAUUCUAAGAUAACCGCUUUCGAUGAUUUCGCAAAGGUGCACGCCAUCCUACUCGCUGCCUCCGGCAUUCCGCCGGCGCUUCACCGGCAACUCUUUCACAAACUGUCCUUCGAGAUAUUCGACGGCGGCAACUUCUUCACCAUCGAGCAGUGCGAGGGAGGGCGCCAACGCCGCCUCAUAUUCUCCUCACAAUUUCUCCCAAUGGAGUCUGAUAUCUUUCUCAUCGACCAUGCCUGGACCUUCCGCCUAUCUGAUGCCCUCAAACAGCUGAAGGAAGUGCCGGGGUUGGUCGAGAGAAUGGCGGCUCUAAUGUGCGUUGAUCUGGAUUUGGAAUCCAAUUCUAUUGAUGUAAGAGAGGUUGAAUUUGGAGAAAAUCAAAAGAACGAAAUCAUGAAGAACGUUUUGAAAGUCCUGGAGAGGGAAAUGGAGAGGGGUAGUCAUUCUUCUACUUGGUUAGAGCUAGAGGAGCUCGGAAUCAAUGAUGAUAUACUGUCCUCUCUCGACCUGCCUUCUAGAUUUCCGAAUCUGGUUGCUCUUAACCUUUGGGGAAACAGGCUUCAAAAUGCAGAUACAGUUGUCCAGGAAGUCACAAAAUGCAAAAACUUAAGAGCUUUAUGGUUAAAUGAUAACCCUGUUUUGGAGAAUUGUGGCAGUUUUGUUGCAAAUGCAAUUCGUGAAGGCAUCUCUAGUCUUGAAAUUUAUAAUUCGUGCUUCACUAAUAAUUCUUCAGAGUGGGCAUUGGGUUUUUGCCAAGGCAUUAUAGGAAUGGAUAAUCCCAACUUUAGUACCGAAACUGCAAACGCAUUGGAAGCCAUCACUUCGCUUGAUUUGUCAGAUAGAUGUAUCAACAAUCUUCCCAAGGCUUUUUCUCCAGCUAUUAUGCCCUCACUAUCACAUAUAAAUCUCAAAGGAAACCAUCUGGAUGGUGUUGCACUUGAUGAUCUACUAAAUCUUCUAAGGGGAUUCACUUGUUUACAAGAAUUGGAGGUGGACAUUCCAGGCCCCCUUGGCAACAAUGCGGUGUGGAUUCUUGAAUCUCUUCCUAGAUUAUCUUCAUUAAAUGGAAUCAAUGCAUCAAACAUCCUAGACAUUGGAAAACAUGUUGUUGAUUCUGCUCUUAAACCACGUCUUCCCGAUUUUACUUUGGCUCAAACUCUAGUGGAUAGGGUUAUUGGUGCAAUGUGGUUAUAUUUGAUGACAUAUAGACUUGCUGAUGAAGAAAAGAUAGAUGAAACUUCUGUUUGGUAUGUUAUGGAUGAAUUAGGUUCAGCUUUACGACACAGCGAGAAGGCAAACUUCAGAGUUGCACCUUUUCUAUUCAUGCCUGAAGGAAAGCUUCAAUCAGCUGUGAGCUACUCGGUGUUGUGGCCAACUCUAGAUGUCAAUUAUGGGGAUGAAUGUACUCGUGAUUUUUUGUUUGGCAUUGGAGAGGAAAAGCAACGUUCAGCUAGGCUUACGGCAUGGUUUCAUACACCUGAAAAUUAUUUUACUCAGGAGUUCAAAUAUUACAAGCGCCAACUUGAAUCAAAAGGUCUUUGUCCUACUAAUAAAAAGCCUCCUAUAACCAAAGGUAUACUUCCAAGUAACGGGCACCCUCUCUAUGUAUAUACCGACAUACCACAAGUAGAGGAAUUUUUAAGCCGCCCAGAGUUUGUUCUGACAACGGAUCCGAAGGAUGCUGACAUCAUAUGGGCUAGUAUGCAAGUUGAUGAGGAAGUAAGAAAGGCGGUUGGGAUUAAAGAUAACCAAUAUAUAAAUCAAUUCCCUUUUGAAGCUUGUUUGGUCAUGAAACAUCAUCUAGCUGAGACUAUUCAUGAGGCCCAUGGUUCUCCUGAAUGGCUUCAGCCUACAUAUAACUUAGAGACGCAUCUUUCUCAACUCAUAGGAGAUUACAUUACGAGGAAACGGGUUGGCUUUGACAACUUAUGGAUUUUAAAACCAUGGAAUAUGGCAAGGACGAUUGACACUACUGUUACAGAUGACAUAUCCGCAAUCAUCCGUCUCAUGGAGACUGGCCCUAAAAUAUGCCAAAAGUAUAUUGAACGCCCAGCGUUAUUCAAGGGAAGAAAAUUUGACCUUCGCUACAUAGUCUUGGUUCGCAGCAUGAAACCUGUAGAAAUUUUUCUUGCUGAUGUUUUCUGGGUUAGGUUGGCUAAUAAUCAAUUCACCCUGGAAAAGAGCAGUCUUUUUGAGUAUGAAACUCAUUUUACAGUGAUGAAUUACAUAGGAAGACUAAAUCACAUGAACACGCCAGAAUUUGUGCAGGAGUUUGAAGAGGAACAUGAAGUGAAAUGGUUUGACAUACAUAAAAGAGUAAGGACUAUGAUCAGAUCUGUGUUUGAUUCAGCAGCCACAGUGCAUCCUGAGAUGCAUUCACCUUUUUCAAGGGCUAUGUAUGGGGUGGAUGUUAUGUUGGACCAUUUGUUCAUGCCAAAGAUUUUGGAGGUAACAUAUUGUCCUGAUUGCAGUAGAGCAUGCAAGUAUGAUACCAAAGCUAUUGUUGGAGAUAGGGCUGUUAUGAAGGGUCAUGAGUUCUUCAAUAUUGUGUUUGGCUGCCUCUUCCUUGAUGAAAUGAAUCAUGUAACGCCAUUGUAACUAUGUGGAUAUCAAAGGUUUUUGAUGUUUUAUACUUCACUUUGUUGAAUCAAGAGCAUCUCUGUUACCUCACUGGUUUUUUCCAGUCAUUUAUGAAUUUGAGUUUUUGGCGACUGAGACCUCGUUUGGGAUGGAUUUUCUAUUGCUUUUUGAAGCAGCUUUUUAGUGCAAAAAAUUAAUUUUUAUACUAAAAAGCUGAUUUAAGAAGAAGUAAAAAAAUCGUCCCAAAUGAAACUUGAGUUGCACAAAGAGAAAUGCUGCCAUUGAAUAA